CGCAAUCUCCUCAUGCGGGGGGAAUUGCGACACGAAUGGCGCUGGAAGGUCGCGAUUGAGUCUGUUCUGGAGGAUCGUCCCGGCGAUGGCAAUUCCCCAAGUCUGGAAGAAGGAUCGAACGAAGGAAAACAGGGCCAAGGCUGGACCUGCACGACUUGGAGGGAGAGGUGCGAGAAUGGCGAACACCGGGGCGGCGAACUGUGUUAUUCCCAACCCAACAGCAACCACAACUUGAAAUCCGACCCAGGAUCCGACGGAUGAUGUCGCUUUCAGGGUGCUCAAGACACCCAUCCCGACAACAGUAAAAGCCCAACCAAUCCAAUUCGCUUCUCGAUAGCGCUUGACGAUGCUGACUGAGAUGCCCCCGACCAAUCCAAACGGAGCGAUCAGCAAAGCAGCGGGAAGAAUGUCG